CUCCUCGGACGGGAGCUGGGAGAGGAUGUGCUGGAUCAUCUCGUCCGGGAGAGCGCUCAGGCGGUCCGCCUGCCUGCGCCACUUCAUCUUCGAUCGUCGAGGCGUCGAUGGACGAGACGAGACGGGAGGCGUGCCGUGCGUGUGUGCCGAAAACCUAAGCAAACCCUCGAUAUUUGACGAGGAGUUUUGGAGUGGGAGGAGAUUUCUGUUUAGAUUUCUUUCUUUUGCAUGCACGGCACCGCCUAUGGAAAUCCUCGAUAUAUCGCUGCUUUGGUAGGCGUCCGCUACGGAUCGAUCUCCUCAUUAACUUGGACAAAUCUCGUCGGACCGGUGGAUGGACAUGGCCCCACCAUCACGCAAGAAGCGGUCGUCGUCGUCGGGGCAGCGAGAUCGCAUCAGCGGCCUCCCGGACAGCGUGCUGGGCCACGUCCUCUCCUACCUCCCCAACAAGGAAGCCGGCCGUGCGGCCGCGCUUGGCCGCCGGUGGCGCGACAUCUUCUGCAGCGUGCACACCAUCUCCUUCGAGGAGGAAGAGGGCGAGAGGGAAACCGACUGGGACACCUUGUACUACGAGGCCGAGGAGCAGAGGAGCUGCAGCGUUGAGCUGAUCGACACUAUCAGCGCUGCGCUCCUCCGCCGCCGCCGGCGGUACGGCAGCACGGGCACGGCCACCGGCCUCCCCGUGCCGCUGCGCAGCCUCCGCUUCGCCUUCGACCGCUACGACAUUUGGGACAAGGCCGCGGUCGACCAGUGGCUCUUCGACGUGCUGCGCCACGCCGAGAAGGAGCUCCACCUCGACCUGCGCUUCUUCAUCGGCCCGAUCUGCCCACGCGAGGACGACGAUGAAAAGGGGAGCGAUAAUGAGGACUGGGGGUAUGUCCUUCCGAAAAGGCUCUACUCCUGCACCGUCGUACGAACGCUAUGCCUUGGCCAUUGCAAACUGAACCUACCGGAGGCUAUCAACCUGCCGUUCCUCGAAACCCUGCGUCUGACAGGUAUCCUCGGUGAUGACUCCGGCGAAACCAUCCAAAAACUCAUCUCGGGUUGUCCCCGCAUCGCCGACCUGACGCUGGAAGCCAACAAUAGUCUCAAAAAGGUCUUCGUUCUCGACAAAUGCCUCCGAAGGUUUGCUCUCCGCUGCUGCCACGACUUGACGAAAGUAAGCAUCGACGCGUCGGAGCUGAGGUCCAUGGACUACAGCGGCGCCGUGCCCGAGGAGUCUUUGCUAUCUCUGCACGGCUCAUCAGCAAUAUCCUCCUGCACUGUCAAAUUUUGCAAGGCGAUACCCACGAAGUCGGAGUUCACCCGGUUCAGAAGGUUCCUCAAAAAGGUCUCGCCCUCAAAGCACCUGCGUCUGCACCACAGAGGCUUGGACACUCGAUUCUUCGCGGUGUUCCCCUCGUUUCCUACCCUGACGCGGCUCGAGCUACAUGGCCCCAUCCGAAGCAGCGACACCAUCGAUGCGGUCCGGAGGAUAUUGGAGCAGACGCCCAACCUCGAGGUCCUGUCGCUCGACAUGGAUGACCGGGAGCGAAGAGAAAAGGAGGAAGAGGAGCAGCACCAUCAGUCCUCGGAUGAUCCUGUGGAGCUCAGAGUUCCCAGUCGGUCGAGUUUUUCCAUGCGGUGCUUGCGGCGUCAGGUGAAGGAGAUCAACAUGGAUAGCUACCGGUGUGACGUGCAGCAUAGGGCGCUGGCCAGCCUGCUGUUCCGCAAUGCGCUUGUGCUUGAAAGGAUGUCUGUCGUGUUCGUGAAGAAGGUGCCGUCCGAGUUGCAGGCUGAGCUCACGAAGGAGAUCGAGAGCUGGCUGGUGGGCAAACCAGAAAAGAGUUUCAAGUGAUUUAUCCGCAGAUGUCAUGUUUAUUUUCUUGUUCUGGUUAGUUUUUUCCUUUUUUUGUUGAGGGAUGUCUCAUGUUAUCUUUGGGCGAGACAUCUCUUGGAUAUUUUGACAAACAGACAUCUCUUGGUUUUAGUACAAGAGCGAGAGAGAAACUCCUGCUCAUGGUUUGGAUUUUGAGUCAUUCGGUUAACUGGAAGUCGCAAAUAUAAGUUUUGGUUUGCUAAUUCCUGGUCACCUGAAAAUUUCGUAGUUCUCAAAUGACUGUCGAAUUAUGGACAUUUUUUGUGUGUAUGUACAGAACAAAUUUGUCCACUUUUCAAAGAAAAAAAUAACAAAUUUGUGUGGUAUUUCUCAAAAGAAAAAUUGUGCAGUCAAUUGAGGCAUACGUCACAUUUUGUUUAUACAUUUUUUGCAAUGGAUAAACAAAUUUCUUUGAGUUAAUUUAUUUUCUACCCGUUAGUUUUACAUUUUUUGACAUAAUUUACUCAAUUUAAGAUAAAUUCCUCCAUUUAACCGAUCUUUUGCCAGUUUUACCCAUUUUAUUCCAUUUUGUGUUCUGACAAGGCAGACCCACAUAUUAGUGCUUAUGUGGCACGCCACUUAGAUGAUUUCGAUCCUCCCGUUAUGUUCAGAAUUAUCUUAGUGGAUUCAUGGCCACACCAUAACAGUGCAGAUGGCAUUCUAUUUCUCGCUGGCAUCCAUCCUUCUAGAUUUCUAAUGAUCUCUCUGGUUUCCCAUUUCAAGUGAUGUGAGAUCCUUCUUUUCCAAACUUGGUUCUUCUGUUUUUUCACUCUUAACUGCAGGAUUGGAAAACUAUAGCGUUGUAAAAAAAUUAACAUGGGAGAGUCGAAAAGGAUAAUAAAAUCAUGCAAUUAUGAAUUUCAACGUAUAUGUAAUGACGUUUCAGUACGUACAAACUAAUUUUGUGUGUUAAGUUUAUACAGGAUGUUAGUCCAAUGUUUGAAAGCAAAGAUGGAUACCCCCCACCCAAAAAAAAAUAUUAAAGAAAGAAGAUGACAGCGUACUCAUUUUCAUAUAUUCUUUUACUUUUAUCGAGUAUGAAGUUUUACUGUUAAGAGAGGUCACUCAAUGAAAUGUAGGGUGGAGCUCUUUUUCCCUUUCAAAUAUACACAUCCUACAUCAUAUGUCAUAUGCCACCUGAUAGACAAAAUAUAUAUCUUUGAAACAUUCAUUUUGAGCUAUAUAUACACAUGACGAGGCAUCUUGGAGCCUCCAGAGCAAACCUUCGGGUAUCCUUGGAAUCCGGACCUACCUCCAGAGCAGAUUCCAACCGACGAGAACAUAACGUUCUCAUGUCCAGCCGAAUAUAACUCCGGUGUUGGUCCCAAAAUCCGGGCUUCUCGGACUCUGCUCCUGAAUCCGUCCCUUCCCCCGGCAUUAUAUCUGUCAGACAUCUGGUGUCUGCCGAAGGUUAUAUGCUCUGGAGUCAGUUUUGAAUUCCGUGCCAUGUCAAAGGUUCAUGUCGGUUCCUCUGGGAUGACAUUCCAAGACAUGUCCUAGCUUCCCAACGCGCAAUUUUUAAGUGCGCUAUAAAAGGGCCACUUCACCAUCCCCAAAGGGGUAUCCGCCUGCAUCGACUUGAGUCGUUCAUACUCCUCCCUGUUGCUCCAUUUCCAAAAGCCACACAUCUCAAUAACCUCCACUUCCCCGUUGAACCAUUCCACAACUUUGAGGAAAAAAGA